UCCAUGUUGAAACACAGUGAAGUGAGGAUCAAAAGAAUAUGAACUUGAACGCCAGCUCUUUUGUAAUACAGCAAAAGAUCUUAAAGCAACAAAGUCAACAAUCGCACUUGAUUCACACAUUUCCAAGGAAUUUUAGCGAUUUCUCUUAUGCAUCCUCCGAGGAGGAUGGCUCUCAACACUGCACAAGUAGCCCCAGCUAUGCGGACAUCGAUGUGGGGGGCUGCAAAGAGUAUUGUGAAAUGUUACGCGACUGGCCUUCAGCUGUAAGUUAUAUGCACAGCAACCCAUCACAACAAAUCACUGAAGCAGAACUCUAUCAAACCUACAUCUAUAACUCGGCGCAGCAGCAGCAGCACUAUGAAUUUAACACCAGCAUAGGUUCCUGUAAUGAAAGUGGAUCUACCAGCACCACACCCAGUGUGUCUGGUUCACCUGUCACCACUAAAUCUGGUAAAUCCAACAGACGCUCUGGCGGUCAUCUCCGCAGAGAAUUUCGGCCGAAAAGGCCAGACACCGCUUUGAAACCUCCUAGCCCGACUGUGCUUAAGCGGCGGCGUCAAGCAGCGAAUGCACGCGAACGCAAACGCAUGAAUGGUCUGAAUGAGGCUUUCGACCGGCUGCGGGAAGUGGUGCCCGCUCCGACGAUUGAUCAAAAGCUGUCCAAAUAUGAGACGCUCCAAAUGGCGCAGACUUACAUAACAGCACUUUGUGAGAUGCUGGAGAACGGGCUCACCACAGCCAACUAUAUAAUCCAUCGUGGCGAUCAAAUAACGUUCCAAGAGGAUAUUCGGCUGCAGUGAAAUCAAAGCACAACAACGGUAAAUGAAUGAGAAAUGAGUAAUAGGAGAUGUGCUGUGCAGUUCUAAACCAAAGCAAACCGCAGCAUGGCUGGAGUUCCCGCCAUGCUUUCGUUAGUGUUAAGUGAAUAAUGAAAUACUCUUAACUAAAUUAUAUAAAAAUA